GGAGAGCAGAACAGAAAGGCUUGGCCGCAUAGAGGGAGGCGCCUUUAGUGCUCUCCUGAAACCAAAGCCUUUGAAGAUUUUUUUUUUAAACUUCAAGCAAAGAGGACAUAACCUGAAAAGUUGGACGCAUGAGAAUUAUGUACCUUUAAAGGACAUCGUUGUGUGAAUUUUCACCGCCAAGCCAUGCUCCACAGCCGACCAGGGGCUUGCUGGGGAAAAGUGUCUGACCUCACUGGCGCGCACGCAGAUUGGACUAAAACGCAUUGGAUAGCAGGUGGGCCAAGAUGGAGGACGAGGAGGAGAGACAGACCAGGGGUGACCACCAGACCAUCAGCAGGUGCACCUUACCACCUGAGGAAUGUGAAGGUGCUGCUGUGGAUGGUUGUCUCUCUGCUGCCCCUGGUGGAGGGGGCCUGUAUGGGCGCUGGUUUGGAGGCAGACUCUGUCCAGGCUGUGGGACUGGUGGGAGGGAUGGGGGAAAGGCAGCUCCCAGACACUCUACCUGAGGUGGAUGAGGAACAAGAGGAGAAGAGUGACCCGUACUCCCCCUGGCAUGGCCUCUAUGACCUCUCUGUGAUGGACGAAGUGGACGACCACCCUGGUGGCCGGUGGGGGAGACGUUCCCCUCGCAACUCCGACGCCGAACCAAAAGGCUCGGCCAAUAAAAAGAAGAGGAGGAAGAAGAAAGAGAGGGAUAGAAAGGGCAAAGGGAAGGGCCGGCAGCCCCAGCAGAGCAGCCCAGACUGCAGGGUGGAGAAACGAGAGAUGCGGGUGCGGGACUUGGGCCUGGGCUUCGACUCGGACGAGAUCGUCCUAUUCAAGUUUUGCGUGGGCUCCUGCCAGUCGUCCAGGACCAACUACGACCUGGCUCUAAGGGCCCUGAUGGAGGACGGGUCCCUGCCACGGAGGACCUCCCGGCGAGUCAGCGCCCACCCCUGCUGCCGGCCCGACAGCUACGAGCCCGUGUCCUUCAUGGACGCCCACACCGCGUGGCAGACCAUCCAGUCGCUGUCGGCGGCCAGCUGCAUGUGUAUGGGCUGAGGGAGCCAGCCUGGAGGAGGGAGAAUAGGAGGGGGUGGCGACUGGCUGUCACUCACCCCUGCCUGAGAAUAUACAAAUGGUGGCUCGCCAUUGAGGCUGGGUCUAGGGAGAGCCUCUGGGUUCUGGAAGGGCAGAAGUGGUCGCUCCGAAACAUAUGCAGCCGGGCUGGUCCCGAGUACAAAGCAGAAUGGAGAUUCUGUAGUGUCUAUGAUGGUGGAGCGAGGCCACGCCUCUUCCCGUUGUCAAUUUCCUGUAAGUGGAUUUGUUGGCAAUGGGACACUGUCAUGAGUGAAUGGCAAGACGGUGACCACACAAUGGUUUGAAUAUUCACAGCAGUUGGGAUAUGUAUAAGACUGACCUGGGGUACUGCUGAAAAUAUUGACUCAAAGAGGACCACAUCGCAUUGCAUUUGACCACAGGUCGACAAGCUCAAAACACUUUUGACAAUGUCAACAUACAGUAUGUUAAUUCCUUCAAAACAGAGAUCUUCCAUACCAUAAUUGCAUUUUUCAGUGUUGAGUUGAACUCUACCAAAUGGAUGCCAUGCAUCUCUUUGAAUUACUGUAUUAUAACCAACAUAUUUAUCACAAAUAAGUUAUUUAUUUAUUAUUGUUUCAUAUGAGAUGGACUGUAGAUUUAUAUUUAUUGUCAUGAUCACAUAUCCCGUGGGUUGUGUUGCUGGGUCCUUUGUCAUUGAAUUGUGUGGGAUGUUGUUUUGAAACAUCAAAAAGAUCAGAAGAAGUGGCAAGAACCUCAACCAGGGUUGGGGGAGUAGCGGAUUACAUGUAGCGGAUUACAUUUUUUAUAAACUGUAAUCCGUUACGUUAACAGAAAAACUAUUGUUAUCAGAUUACAGAUACUUUUGAAAAAACAAAAUGAUUACUUCUAGGAUUACUUUUACCCCAUUCACAUCCUUGUACUAUAUUUAGUACAAUGUCAAAAUGCACCACUGAACAAAUUAUGUUUGGUGUAAAUGCAUGAAAUGUGGUGUCAACAUAGUUACUGCAAGUGUCUAGACAGGACACAUUGAAAUGUGGUGUCAACAUAGUUACUGCAAGUGUCUAGACAGGACACAUUGAAAUGUGGUGUCAACAUAGUUACUGCAAGUGUCUAGACAGGACACAUUGA